UUACUGGGUGUGGCCUACACUCAGCAAGCCACUAUUUAAAUAGUGAGGAGAAUAGGAGAUUGUUGUGUGCUGUAUCUUAUCACAGAAUGUCUUUAAUAAGGACCAGACCAGAAGAGAAAGGAGCUGAUAUUCCUCUAAGGAUAUACAGCAAUCCUAUUUGCCCCUAUGCUCAGAGGGCCAGACUCAUUGCCGCAUUCAAAGGUGUUAAACAUGAGAUCAUUAACGUUCAUUUGAAGGAGAAGCCCCAGUGGUAUCUUGAUGACAUUAAUCCUUAUGGUCUUGUACCAACGAUUGAGCACAAUGGACAUCUCAUCCGUGAAUCAUUGGUGACCUUUGAAUACAUUGAUGAAGUUUUUGGUGAUAGUCACUCGUGGCCAACUGAUCCAUAUAAAAAAGCACAAGCUAAACUAUUGCUAAGCGAUUUUGGUGAUAGAUUCACUCCUAAUUAUUAUAAGUAUUAUCGUAAUGCUCAAGAUGAAAACACUCCCAAGCUCCUACAGAAGUACUUCAAAUCAGUUGAGGAGCUAAUUGCUCAAAAUGGUGGCCCGUUCAUAUUUGGCAAAAACGUCUCAGCUAUUGAUUUGCUGAUAUGGCCUUGGUUUGAGAGACUACCUGCUCUAUUUACACAUGCACCAGAAUUAAAGACACUGUACAGUGUAGAUAGUGUGCCACUACUCAUUAAGUGGGAUGCUGCAAUGAGAGAGACUGAUGCAGUCAAGAGUACUAUCACUCCAGCUGAGCGUAUGACUGCAUUUCUUGCUAAUGCCCUCAGCAAUGGAGGGAAGCAUGAUUACAGUCUAUUGAAUAUUGACGGUUUGAAAAUAUACACCAAAGAAACAGAGUAACUGAAUGAUAACUGAAUUAUUAAGUAUAAAAAUAUAAAAAUAAUUACUAAAUCAAUAGUUACAUAUAAUAUAGUUUGCCAAUUUUGCUGAUUAAAGAUUAAAAUGAUGUUAUUGUA